AUGGCAACACAAGUCCAGAGCCAGGUCAAAGUAAAUGGCAUCGAGUCUAAGAAUGGAACGGCACACCAAUUUGACUCGGUGACACCUUUGACAGGCUCCGGAAACGUUGGAGAGCUAGACUUCGACGGCGAAAAGACUUCAUUUAGACUUCCUGAUGGCAGCACUGAAGUGUGGAUAGCCACUAGAGGAACUGAUUUUGUGGUGGCUUCCGGUGAAAGCCUGCUGGCUGAGUGGAAGAAUGAUGGGAGACAGGCCAGAGUCUCUCCAGCCAUGGUCAACGAAGACAGGGCCGAGUCGGCCCAGACUCUGCAAUUGACACUCCGUGGCUCGCCUUCUGGAUCUGACUCCGAUGAUCUCGCCCUCCAGCUGACUUGGGCAUCCAUCUAUGCCCUGUGGUUGCACCCAUCCCACAGGAACGACGACAUCAUCGCCAUCUCUGUAGAAAGCGACAGAGUGGGCGAGUAUCUGCGCUGCACUGGACUCGCCACUGUAUCACCCUUUUCUGAGAGCAGUUCCGGACCAGAUGCCAUCUACUGGCUGCAACGCGAAGCAUUCUGGCAGGGUGCCGGCGCUCCUGACAACCAGCAUUGGCUUCGCUCUCGGCCCGAGGAGAGCUUCCCGGGCUUUAACAGCAAGCUGGGCGUCUUCGCCAGCCAGAUGGGCUUUACAAGGAAGGGCAAUGUAUGUACGGUACACCCGGUGCGACCGCCCAAGCCCAAGCCCGGUGCGGUGAUCUACUCGCGAUUCAUCGUGGAGUUGGGGCAGCAGCUCGAGAUCCACCACAUCGACGCCUCAAACCCGCUGCACUUCGAGACGUAUGCACGCUGGCAGAACUCAGACCGAGUCAACGCGGGCUGGAAAGAGCGUGGCCCGGAUGAGAAGCACCGGGCGUACCUUGCAGCUCAGCUCGCCGACCCGCACACGAUGUCGUGUGUGUUCCUGUGGGACGGCGAGCUGGCGGGCUACACCGAGAUCGGCUGGGUUAAGGAGGACAACGCUGCGUGCUUCUUCGGCGCCCAGUGCAACAUUGUCGUCGGCGAGCACGACCAGAACUCUCAUAUCUUCGUCGGUGAGGAGCGCUUCCGCGGCGGUAAGCGCUAUGAGGCCGUGGCCACAUCCAUCAAGCACACAUGCUUCUUGCGUGAUCCUAGGACCAAGCAGGUGGUGGCCGAGCCGCGCUUCGACCUGGCACAUGUGCAUAUCCAAAACAAGUACCUGCCGCAGGAGAAGAAGAAAAGAUUCGAACUGCCGCACAAGACUGCAAUGCUAUUCGCCCUGCAGCGCGAGCGCUUCUUCCAAGAGGGGCACUUUGUGUAG